AGGAGAAGGUGCAACCUUCAGCUCUCAGUGAGUGACUUCAUACAGUCACAAGAAGCUCAGAUCUGUGUUUGUUUGUUGUAAGCAGCAGGACUGGAUAAGACGACUUUGUGGAGGCUUUUUGUUUUUAUAUUUUGGUUGUGACUGAGAAACAGAGCUGCUAUGGCUGACACAACCUCUCAGUCGCCGGCCCCUGGCUCGUCGGCCAAACUCGACCAGGUACAAGGUCAGGUCAACGAGGUGAAAGUUAUCCUGAAAGACAACAUCAGCAAAGUGCUGGAGCGAGGGGACAGACUAGAUGAUCUCAUCGGCAAGACUGACGACCUGCAGGCGUCCGCUGACUCGUUCCAGAGAACAUCCACGCGGGUUGCCAGGAAGUACUGGUGGAAGAACAUUAAAAUGAUGAUUAUAAUUGGUGUGAUCGUGGUGAUCAUCGUCGUCCUCAUCAUCCUCUUCGCUACGGGUGUUAUUUAAAAUCUGAUCUGUUCUCCUUCACCAGCUCAGGACUGAAAACAAUGACGACAGCGGAUAAAGCUCACCCCUCUUUUAUUGGGCUUUUUAAUUGCUCUCAUGAGAGUCUCUGAUCAUUUCAGCUCAAACAGACAAGAUAUAUUUAUGGAAA